AUGGCACAGAGAUACGAUGAGCUGUAUCCCGGCGUGGACAGCGCAGGCCUGGCCAACUUCUCGGAUGCCGCGCCCCGAGGGAGCGGGCGGCCAGCUGUGCUGCCCCAGGCCCCCUACGGCCCAGCCCCGACCCCAGGGCCGGCCCGGAGCCGAGCAAGAGGAGGAGACGGACUGAAGAGCGAGAAAGACGAGAUCUACGGGCACCCGCUGUUUCCGCUUCUGGCUCUGGUGUUUGAGAAGUGUGAGCUGGCCACGUGCUCCCCCAGGGACGGGGUCGGCCCGGGACCUGGGGGCAGCCCGGGGUUGGGGCCCGGGGCAGAUGUCUGCUCCUCCGACUCCUUCAACGAGGACAUCGCGGCCUUUGCCAAGCAGGUCCGCAUGGAGAGGCCUCUGUUCUCCUCUAACCCAGAGCUGGACAACCUGAUGAUACAGGCCAUCCAGGUACUGCGGUUUCAUCUGCUGGAGCUGGAGAAGGUACACGACCUGUGUGACAACUUCUGUCAUCGGUAUAUCACCUGCCUCAAAGGGAAGAUGCCCAUCGACCUGGUCAUUGAGGACCGAGACCGAGAUGGUGAUGACUCCAUUGUCCCUUGCAAAGCUGACCUGGAUGACUUCCCAACUCCUGGCCCUGGGCUCCCCCACCAGAACAAUUCCUGGGUUCGAGACCACAGUGACAGCGGAUCUGUGCACCUGGGGACACCAGGUCCAUCAAGUGGAGGCAUGGCCUCCCAGAGUGGGGACAACUCCAGUGAGCAGGGAGAUGGGCUGGAGACCAGAGCAGCCUCCCCCAGCUCUGGGCCUGAAGAUGAUGAGCCUGAUCAUGACCAGAGGCAGAGUAAGAAGCGGGGAAUCUUCCCCAAGGUGGCCACCAACAUCAUGAGGGCCUGGCUUUUCCAGCACCUGGCGCACCCCUAUCCCUCUGAGGAGCAAAAGAAGCAGCUGGCCCAGGACACGGGUCUCACCAUCCUACAGGUCAACAACUGGUUCAUUAAUGCCAGGAGGCGGAUUGUGCAGCCUAUGAUUGACCAAUCCAACAGGGCAGGCCCUGGCACAGCCUACAGCCCUGAGCACGCCCCAGCCCUGGGGGCCUUUGGCCCAGACCAGAGUCCAGGCCCUGGGCCCCCCAUGAGGACCACCGGUAAGUCCUGCCCCCAGCCCAGGCUCCUCCUGCUCCCAGACCACAGAGAUCUCCCCAUCUACUCUGAGCCUCCCUUGGGGGCCCAGGACUCAUGA